UUGAACACUCUGGCACACUGGCACCAUCGCAUUUGAGGCCGUGCUGCGGGUACGGCCCUACACCCGAAGCCACAUUGAUCGAUGUCCAUAUUGUCCAAGAGAUGUGCUCUCUUGCUGCUAGCAGAUGCAGUACUUCUCGCCAACCUUGCCAUUGGGUUCAAAUUGAACCUGGACACCAGGCCAGCUACAGCACCGCUAACGAGACGAUGCACGAUGGACAGCAUCUCGUUCAGAACGGAGGUUCACAUCCCCACGUGGCCGCAGCAUUCUCAACUGGGCUAUGCAGACUCUUUCUUGCUACUGGGGUCAUGCUUUAGCGAUAACAUUGGAACGCGGCUGUCCAACGCGAAGUUCCAAACUUCGAUCAACCCCUCGCAUGGACUCCUUUUCAGCCCGCUGUCGGCAGCAGCGGCCUUGGACAGGAUGGUGUCCGGAGUUCCCUACGAGGAGGAUGCCGAAGGGGUGCUAGUGUUCAGCGAGGGCAAGGGGUUGUGGUCUAGCCUGGAGCAUCACAGCUGUUUCUCGUCGACUUCGAGGAAGGACUGCCUACGCGGGAUGAACGCGGCCUUGGCAAAGGGUCGAGAAGACCUCCUGUCGGCUAGCUGUAUCUUCAUCACUCUCGGAACGGCGUGGGUUUUCCGGCAUCGCGAGUCAGGCAAAGAUGUCGCCAACUGCCACAAGCUCCCCGGGUAUCAAUUCGACCGUCGUAUCGUCUCCGUGGACGAGAUCGCCCAGGCCCUGCACCGCGCGCUGUCCAACAUGCUUCGCGCAAACCCGAACGCGCGCGUGUUGCUAACAGUAAGCCCGGUGCGCCACUGGCGAGACGGGGCGGUCGAGAACAGCAGGAGCAAGGCGCAUCUGUUGGCCGGAGCGCACGCCGCGAUCGAUUCGUUGCGUGCGGCAGGCGUCGGGGAAGGGGAAGGGGACGGAGGCCCCGGACGAGUCGCCUACUUCCCGAGCUACGAGAUCGUCAAUGAUGAUUUGAGGGAUUACCGGUUCUUCGAGUCGGAUAUGAUCCACCCCAGCGGCGUGGCAGUGGACUACAUCUGGGACAAGCUCACGGGGGCGAUGUUUUCGGACGAUGCCAUGCGGACCAUGCAGGAGGUCCAGAAGGUCGUGCAGGGGACGGAGCACCGACCCUUCAAUCCCAAGAGCGAUGCUCACCAGAAGUUUCUGAGAAAGCAGCUCCUUAAGGUUGACAACCUUGAGCGAAGGUACCCGGGCUUGAAGCUCGACGACGAGCGAGGAUUUUUUCAGGCCCAAGUUCUGGAGCCCGUGGCAGCUUCUGCACAUUGA